AUGCGGCUCCGGGAGACGCGCUCGUUGCUGGGACUUCUGGUUUGGACAUUGUUCGGAGCCUCAGAGUGCCUGCAGACGGUGGUCCGCUCCGACAAAGGCUCGGCGGUGACGGUGUCCACCGAGCUGCCUCUGGAUCAGUGUGCCGUGUGCACGGUCAGCGGAGUGAAUGACACAGAGACUUCCUGCCAGUCCUCUCUCACUCUGGUACCUGAGGAGGAGGUGAAGCUGCUGUUCAACUGCUCGCAGCCGAUAGAGCCGUCUUACACUGUCACGGUAACUCGGACCAUUGAAUGCACACAGACGUCCUGCGCUCCUGCGGCAGGAGACGUGGAUCCCAGCCUCUUCGUGGAUUUCAAACGAUCCAUAACGUGGGACAUCAAAGUCCCGGAGAGAACCGUGAUAUCUAUGGAUUUCCCCGGUGCUGGACUGAAGGAGAUACCUGAGGGAGAAAGCUGCAAAGAUGGCUUCCAGUACUCUGUGAGUACAACCAAAGGUGACGGAAGCGUCAAAGAGAAAAGCUUCUGCAGGGGGGGGACGGUGUCUCACCUGGAUCUGCUCGGAGCCACGAUGGUGAUGGUCCAGGUUCCCAAAGAAGGAGACGUGGAGCAGAAGGUUUUCAGUGUUAAAGCAACACCAAAAGGCAGCAGAAUGGUGUCCGUGACCCCUGACCCCGAAACCAUCAUCAUGAUCAGCAGGGUGUCGGAAGAGCCCGACUGCAGCGUGUGUGUGGGAACCGCUCCCGAGCAGAAGUGCAACCCGAAAGAAAUGAAAAUCACUGAACCUCGCAACACCUCAGUGGAGUUUACCUGUCCUAACCCUCAGGAAGUGUUCAAGGUGGAGAUCAUCAGAGACAUUGACUGCACCGAGACGUCCUGCUCCGGUGACAUCGUCCAGGCCGAGUCGUCUCUGUUCCCCGACUUCAACCGCACCUUCACCUGGUACAUGAAGGUCGUCGCCACUCGGGCUUUUCAACUGGACUUCCCAGAGACGGGAAUGCGACAGAUUCCCAACGAGGACUCGUGUCCGGACGGUCACACGUACGCUCUUGUUACGUACCUGCGUGGGGUCACAACCGUCGGGACCUUUUGCAAAGGGGGAACUGUGACCACCAUCCUGGCUCGAUACAAGGGCCGAGUGACCCUGAAGGUGGCCGGCGACACGAAGCUCGACCCUGUGGACUUCAAACUCAGCGUUGGACCAGAGACCAGCAUGAUUGCCAUUAUGAAGGUCAAUCUACCACGAGGUGUAUCAGACACAGACUUCAUCGCCGCCAACUACCCCGCUGAUUUCCCCGAUGACCAGCAGAUGCAGUGGAACUUCACGGUGCCCGGCAUGCACAACUACACCGUCCAUUUUCGGGACCACACGGCACCGGAGUGUCUGAGCAAAGAGGUGGAGGUGGAGUACAAGAAGGAGGACAAGAAGGGGACCAAGCUGACUCUGACGGACGCUCAGCCGGUGCAACAGCAGGGCAACUUCAAGAUGGUGCUAAAGAACUGUAAAACCAACCUGACGCUGCAAGGACUCACCCUGAACUACAGAGUCUCUGUGAUGAGGAGUGGUCAUCCAGUUCUGUGCACCGUGGAUCUGACCAGUCGACGAGAGUCCCUGCAGAUAGAGAAAGUUGGUUCUGAUCCGUUCUGUGAGAUGAGCAUCGGCUCCAAGGUUGAAGAGAAGAUAACCGUGGCUGCCGGCACAAAAGCCAGUCUGUCCUUCCUCGACUGUCCCAAAGAAGAAGUGCGCCUGACUGCCAGUGAAGUCAUCGGCUGCAAGAAUGUGUCGUCGUGCCCCAUGAUUCGCCUCGGUUUGCCCAAACUGGUUUCCUGUCUACCGAUGCCCCUCCACAGCUUCACCUGGCACAUCGACGUCCCUCAGGACGGCACAGUGGACCUGGUGUCGCCCACCGGGACCUUCCAGCAGUCCGUGCCGGGCCAGGAGUGUAAGCGGCCAGUCUUAUUGAAUGUGGCAGAGAGGGACGGCUAUUCACUCGGAGAUUUCUGCCAUCCUGGAAUCAUCCAGAAAAUCCAGUCGAGCACCAACAUCUCCGUCACGGCUACGGCUACGGCUACGGCUACGGCUAAAGACCUCACCAAGCUCAAGGGGCAUUUUCUGAACGUCAGCUUCAGUCAGGAGAUCCCAGAGACCUUUAUUUACAGAAUCAGCCCUAAGCCGAACGCUCCCACCCUGCUGGCCACCCCCAACUGGCCCGAGGGUAUGAAGCCGUCCUCCACCAUGUCCUGGGUCGUCUAUGUGCCGAGCAAGUACGAGGCGCAUGUGCAGUUUGUCAACGUCAGCCAGCCCAAGUGCCUCGACCGGCACACCGCCAUGACGGUGAAGAUGCUGGGCUACGACGAGGAGAUCAUGAGCCGCAGGGAGGACGAGCCGGCGGAGGACAAGCUGCUGGUGCCGCAGAGUUUCUAUCUCAACAUGUCCAACUGCAUCCCCGAGGAGGGACACUUUGCUGUAGUCGCCAAAAUCGUCCUGCAGAAGAAGUCCAAUCUCCUGGCCAUCCUCCUCGGGAUAUCAGGAGCCCUUUUCCUUGUGCUGUUAGUGCUGGCUGUGGUCUGUAUCGUCACAAAGAAAAAGAAACAAGAAAGAAUGAACAAAGAAUCCUCCAUCUACAUCGGCAAGGGGAAUAUCUUCCGCCCGAGUGACCAACAUUUCACCAAAAACCGCUCUGACAACGAGUCCCACGUCUACGCCUCCAUCGACGAGAACAUGAUUUACGGACAUCUCCUGGGCGACACCAGCUACGCCGAGAGCAUGCAGGACCACUUCAACGGGACGCCGGUGGACUCCUAUCAGACCUUCACGGGCCCCAGUGACGGAAAGCUGCCGGUGAUCAAAGAACCCGAGCCCGAGAAGGACCAGUACAACACGUUCCUGGACCCCUCCGAGUCUUUCCUCCCGUCCCGUCCGCGCACCCCCAUCGCCCGGGAGGACAGCCUCGGCUUCCAGGACAGCAGGAUGAUGGACAACGAGCUGUACACGUUCAAGAGCACCGGGGACAUGAACACCAUCCGGCUUUCUGCUGUCGACCUGGAGCCGGAGCCGUAUAUACUUGAGGAUUCCUUGUAGUGGGUCACAACUGGCGCCGCGUGAUGGACGGCUGUUACUCCGGACCUCUGGCCUGUGCUGAUGUGAAUGUCCAUGUCUCCAGCGCACACACUGAACCCGAGCUUUAAUGUUUUAAUGUGACGCUCGUCGUCUUCGUCGGUUAACGUCUUGAGCUUCAGGAGCAGAAGCUGUGAUCGUCUUCUUUGAAGAACAACAUUUUGGGAGAUACUUUUGCUUUCCUGCAGAGUUCGGCAAGAGCACUGAUUCCAACCUCGUGUCUGUGAAGUAAAUAUGAAACUCCUGCCAGUCGCUGGUUAGCUUAGCUUAGCAUAAAGGCGGGAAACUUGACAACAGCUUGACUGGUUCUACUUGAACUCACUCACCUACCAGCACCUUUUUAUAACUCGUUUACUUGAGGGUAAUAUCGAUGUUCUCCGAAUUUUCAGCAGGAAAGCAAAACAUUUAUAUUUCACAGAAUGUCAAACUUUUCCUUUUAAAGUUUGAUUUGUUUAGUUUCAUUACAUCUCUGACUGUAGCUGUGUCUCAAGUCGGGGGGGCCGCAUCCUUCUGAGGCUGCACUUGAAGCUGGAUUGCGUCAAAGCAUAGUGACCAGGCUGUCCCAUUGCAGAGGCUCCUCCCAGUGCGGCCUUCCAUCCCUGAGAAACAAAGCCUCCAGUGGGUGAAUCCUUUGUAGGACAUUCCUUCAUUUUUUCAAAGCAGACCUUUCAUUUUGGUUCGGCCCACUAAGGAGGAGGAUACAGCCCCUGAAUUGAUACACAGCCUAUGUGACGUGGACUCAGGAGCGGGAAUGUGUU